AUGCCGGAUGACAGUGCCAGGAUGGAGAAUGCCAAGAAGGAAAAGGACCGUAAGCUCCUUGGGAAUGAAAACCUGGUCACUUUCGUACCCUCAGGCAAGCGCAAAUCAGGGACUAAACAUGACAUCAAGGACCGUGCCCCUGGCCCUGCGCAGGCGGAGCAGAUCCUGGCCGAGUUCCGGCUGCAGGAGGAGGACUUGCAGAAGGUGAUGAGACGGAUGCAGAAGGAGAUGGACCGAGGCCUGAGGCUGGAGACUCACAAGGAGGCCAGUGUGAAGAUGCUCCCCACCUAUGUGCGCUCCACCCCCGAAGGCUCAGAAGUCGGGGACUUCCUCUCCCUGGACCUGGGCGGCACCAACUUCAGGGUGAUGCUGGUGAAGGUGGGGGAGGGGGAGGCAGGCCAGUGGAGCGUGAAGACCAAGCACCAGAUGUACUGCAUCCCGGAGGACGCCAUGACAGGCACUGCUGAGAUGCUCUUCGACUACGUCUCUGAGUGCAUCUCCGACUUCCUGGACAAGCAUCAGAUGAAGCACAAGAAGCUGCCCUUGGGCUUCACCUUCUCCUUUCCCGUGAGGCACGAAGACAUCGACAAGGGCAUCCUGCUCAACUGGACCAAGGGUUUCAAGGCCUCGGGAGCAGAGGGGAACAACAUCGUGGGGCUGCUGCGAGAUGCCAUCAAGCGGAGAGGGGACUUUGAGAUGGACGUGGUGGCAAUGGUGAAUGACACUGUGGCCACGAUGAUCUCCUGCUACUACGAAGACCGCCAGUGUGAGGUUGGCAUGAUUGUGGGCACGGGCUGCAACGCCUGCUACAUGGAGGAGAUGCACAACGUGGAGCUGGUGGAAGGGGAGGAGGGCCGCAUGUGCGUCAACACCGAGUGGGGCGCCUUCGGGGACGCGGGCGAGCUGGACGAGUUCCUGCUGGAGUACGACCGCGCGGUGGACGGGAGCUCCCUGAACCCCGGCCAGCAGCUGUACGAGAAGCUCAUCAGCGGCAAGUACAUGGGCGAGCUGGUGCGGCUCGUGCUGCUGAAGCUGGUGGACCAGAACCUGCUCUUUCAGGGGGAGGCCUCGGAGCAGCUGCGCACACGCGGCGCCUUCGAGACGCGCUUCGUGUCGCAGGGGCUGGCGGCCGUCAUCAACCGCAUGCGCGAGAGCCGCAGCGAGGACCUGAUGCGCAUCACCGUGGGCGUGGACGGCUCGGUGUACAAGCUGCACCCCAGCUUCAAGGAGCGCUUCCACGCCAGAGUGCGCAGGCUGACCCCCAGCUGCGAGAUCACCUUCAUCCAGUCGGAGGACGGCAGCGGCCGCGGCGCCGCUCUGGUCUCCGCGGUGGCCUGUAAGAAGGCGUACAUGCUGGGCCAGUGACGGCAGCGGCCAGGCGAGGAGGCGGCUGUGACGUCGCUGGACCUGGGCUCCAGGGGACAGCGCCCGCCCACAGGUGCACCCAGCCUGGCCUGCCUCCUGUCCCCACUGCCGCCUGGAGACGGGGAAAGGCCUGCAGGAGAACGCGGGUGCCCCAGGCAGGCCAGUUCUUCCUGAGCCAGGUGGUGGGACAGCCCUAGGGCCCUAAGAGGGUUGGGGCUGAAGGAGCAGAAAUGGAGAGCCCCAGUCUUCAGUCUUUCUGCUGGAAUCAACCACCCAGGAGAGCGUUGUCCUCUCAGGACUUUGUUGGAGCUUUCCGCUUGGUUCAGCCAUGCCUGGGCCCUAUUCUGGGGAGGGGGUGCUCUGUGGACCCUGCUGUGGCCCGGCUUCCCUGGGAACUCAACCCACAUGGGAGGCACUUGGCCAGACCUACCCCGGGGCUCCACAGGGAGCAACGGCUGCUGACCACCAGGCCUGGCUGGGGUUUCUUUGCCUGGGGAUGGGGGAGUGAAAUGGGAGGGACCAGCUCCAGAAUGGAGACUGCAGGACCAGGAGGCCGGAAGAUGGCAGCCUCUUCCCUCCCACACCAACAUCCCUGAGUGCUUUGUGGUUCUGGGAUGGACCCUCACAGGAGGUACAAGAGACAGAGUCCCCGAAGCCCCUGUCCAAGGGUCCAGGAAGAGGAGGACACACCCCCAUGGGGCUGCCACACGCUAGCCGAACAGCACUCAGCACAGCCCCCAAGGGACCGCCCAGACCUCUCUCUUCUCACCGGACCUCCAUGUGCCACACCAGCCUCUUCAUGCCCAGUGUGGGACUGUGUGGUUUUUUUAAAAAUUAAAAGUUUUAAACGUUUAGAACAUG